ACUGCUUCAUAUCCUCACUCUUAAAUGCACAUAUUUGCUGGCUGAAUUUCUAGCAACCGUGAUGAAUUGCUUGGCUUUUGCCCCUGAGGGGAGUCCCGUGUGUUGGCUUUUGUGUGGAUUCUUGAUAUCUUAUGUUAGCUAGGCUAACUUAAAAAUCGGUAUUUUAGUCACAUUACACGGACUAAUGAUGGUAGCUAAUUUCCCUUAUAGCUCGUACAGCAUUAGCAUUAACGUGGGUCAUUAUCAAUAAUAGUGGUCGUAGAAGCGAGCUGGUCUGUCCUACCUAGUACCUAGUAGGUAAUGCCGCUGUCAUUUUUUUCUGGGAAGGGAAAAGGAGGGAGCUGGUCGAUUUCCGCAUGACGCAAGGAAAAAGGCGCACUUCUAUUGAGAGAACCAACUGAAGACUGUUAUGAUCUUUUAAGUCUGGAUCCUCUUGUUUUGUCAAUACCCCAACAGGGAUGAGUUUUCUGUGUCAACAGUGAGCCCUGAGUGUGUUUGGGUGGGUGACUGAGGUCUGCUGACAGCGGGGGCCACCUCUUUGUUGUACCCUGUCGUCUGCCUCCAACGCUGACCCCCUGCCUGGCCGACAGAAGGGGAGAGUGUUAAGAGCGAAUCCGUGGGAAAGUCAACCUGAGCAUCCACAGAUAAAAGAGUGGACUAUUGUGUCUUGAACUUAGUCAGUAUUACUGGACAUGAGGAAGCCAGUGCCACAAAAAGCUAUUGAGUGGAAAGAUGGCAGGCAGAUCAAGCAUGCCCGAAGUGGCCGUCCCUCCCAGGUCCCAUCUCAGUACCAAGGAGGUCACUUCAGUUGGGACAAAUACCUGAAGGAAACAGGUGCUAGUGCUGCUCCUGCGCACUGCUUCAGACAGGGCGCAACACCUCCAGUGAAUGAGUUCAAGGCGGGCAUGAAGCUGGAGGCGCAGGACCCUCGGAAUACAACGUCCACCUGCAUUGCUACAGUGGUGGGCCUGACUGGAUCGCGGCUGCGCCUGCGCCUCGAUGGCUCCGACAACAAGAACGACUUCUGGCGCCUGGUGGACUCAUCGGAGAUCCAGCCUAUCGGCAACUGCGAGAAGAACGCAGGAAUGUUGCAGCCGCCAUUGGGCUUCCGUCUGAACGCAUCCUCCUGGCCCAUGUUCCUUCUAAAAACACUCAACGGAGCCGAAAUGGCCCCAGCACGCAUCUUUCACAAGCAGGAGCCCCCAGCCCCAGAGCAGAACUCCUUCCAGGUGGGCAUGAAGCUGGAGGCGGUGGACCGCAAGAACCCCCACUUCAUCUGUCCGGCCACAGUGGGGGCGCUGCGUGGCGUGGAGGUGCUGGUCACCUUCGACGGCUGGCGGGGUGCCUUCGACUACUACUGCCGCUACGACUCCCGGGACAUCUUCCCCGUGGGCUGGUGCUCUCUCACCGGGGAUAACCUGCAGCCGCCAGGCACCAAAGGUCUGUGCGCGCCUGUGUGUAUAUAUGCAGUGCUACCCAAGACCCUCGGUUGCCUUUCAGACGGUAGCGAGGGAAGAGCCAUGCACCCCGUGCCAGGACAGCCGCCUGGCCAACGGGGACGCAAGCCAGGCCGCAGGAAAGCCAAGCUGACAGAGCUCUGGGGCCAGAAGGGGGCCGGAGUAGGAACACAAGCCCCCCUGCCCAGAAAUGGACUGGAGCAUAUCAAGGUCCCCAAGAAGAGAGGCCCCAAACCGGGGAGUAAGGUACAGACCAAGGACCCGGGGUUGGGAAGGUUGGGCUGGGCGAAGAGAGCAGGCUGGCUGGAGGGUGCCAUGGCAGGCCCAGGGCAACCCAUGUCCCGGCCCAGAGGGAGGCUGCCAGCCAACUGGGCCCAGAGGAUGGCCCUGCAGGAGGGUCAAGUGGAGUCUAUCAAGAUCCCCAAAAAAAGAGGGCCCAAGCCCGGCAGCAAGAGAAAACCGCGGGUGGUGCCCAACCCCGUGCCCGUCUCCCCCAACAGCAGUAUGCCAGAGCCAGACACCAGCACGGUGCCCCUGGACAACGCCACCAUCCCCAGCGCCGCCUUGCAUGCUGCAACAGUGUGUGUAUACCUGAACAAGUAUGGGAAGGUGGGACCCCACUUGGACGGGCGGCGGGUGCAGCAGCUGCCCGACCACUUUGGUCCAGGCCGGGCUUCCUCGGUGCUACAGCAGUGUGUCCAGGCCUGUGUGGACUGUGCCCACAACCAGAGCUCUGUCUUCUCCUGCCUCAAGCCAGGUCACGGAGGAGAGGUCAUAUCAGCCCACUUUGACCAGCAGCACCAUACCCUCACCCUGCCCACGGUCAACAGCGUCACGUACGUCCUGCGCUUCCUGGAGAAACUCUGUCACAACCUCUACUGUGACCCUCUGUUUGGCAGCCAGCCCGUUCCCCAAGGGGGCCUGCAUUACGAAAGCCACGCUUACCCAGAAAGGAGAAGUUUUAGGGAGGGCCUCACGACGGGUCCAGGCAGAGGCUCCAAGCGGUUCCUUCAAGACUCCUACUACAGCCCCCUCCCCCACAAGCUGGCCAAAAACCUUUGCCUCUCCUCGGAAGGUGAACCCUUCCUCAUGGUGAACGGUGUAGGGGGUUCGGGGCACUUAAAAAAGAGCCCCCUGUCCCCGGGCUCAACAGGGCAGCCUCUGGGCCUGCGGUCCCCCACCAAGUUGCUACAUCUCAACUCUUCAGGCUCUGAGCGUUUCAGAGAGAGCCCCCGGCCCAGUGGCCAGGACCCCAACCUGUGGACGGUGAAGGACGUCAUGCAGUUCAUCAGAGACAUAGACCCCCUACUGGCCCCCCACGCAGAUCUCUUCAGAAAACACAAUUUACCACAGGUGGACUCCAAUCAAGUUGUAGAAACAUCAAGGAAAAUCAAUGGAAACAGGAUGCACCUGAGCUCAAUUUCGAGUCUCAAAGCAAAGGGUCUGAAUACUUAUGUAAAUAAGGAGAUUGAUGGCAAAGCCCUCUUGUUACUACGCAGCGACAUGAUGAUGAAAUACAUGGGCUUGAAGCUCGGGCCUGCCCUAAAACUCACAUUCCACAUCGACAAGCUCAAACAUGGACGCCCAAAUUGAGCUCAUCAGCGUCCGUCCCCCCUCCCCUCUACAGGAUAUAAUGCACUGCAUACUACUGGACUAACCAUCACAUGUCGCAUCCGUCACUAGGCUAUGAUACCUGGUGUCAUAUAUCCCCUCCCUUUCUCUGCCGCAUCUAAGAAGCCCUGUGGCGAACUUCUCUUAUUUACAUUUUAUUUCUGUUGUGUGGCACAUUCCAGCCCUACGGCAGCAUUGGAUAUGCAGACUGACUGACUCGCCCACAACUCCUCCUCAUCCAUCAUGUUACUUGCCUGUUUUUCUAUUCCAUAUUCUCUUACAACAACCUCUACCAAUGAUGCCCUCCCUGUGUGUAGCCAUUUUUUACUGAAAUGGCCAUUUUAGGCCAGAGUUUGUAUUACAUUGUUUUUGAUCACUUUUUUUGUGCCUUCCCUGGAAAAUAUGGACUUGCAUUAAGCCAUUUUGGCUGUUUUGUAUGAAAUAAGUAUACUGAACAAAAAUAUAAAUGCAACAUGUAAACUGUUGGUCCCAUGUUUCAUGAGCUGAAAUAAAAGAUCCCAGAAAUGUUCCAUACGCACCAAAAGCUAAUUUCUCUCAAAUGUUGUUCACAAAUUUGUUUACGUCCUUGUUUAGUGAGCAUUUUUCAUUUGCCAAGGUAAUCCAUCCACUUGACAAGUGUAGCAUAUCAAGAAACUGAUUAAACAGCGUGAUCAUUACACAGGUGCACCUUGUGCUGGGUACAAUAAAAGGCCACUCUAAAAUGUGCUGUUUUGCCACAGAUGUCUCAAGUUUUGGCAUGCUGACUGCAGGAAUGUCCACCAGAGCUGUUGCCAGAGAAUUGAAUGUCCAUUUCUCUGCCAUACGCUGCCUCCAAUGUAAUUUUAGAAAAUUUGGCAGUACUUCCAACCGGCCUCACAAUCGCAGACCACAUGUAACCACGCCAGCCCAGGACCGCCACAUCUGGUUUCUUCACCUGCGGGAUCGUUUGAGACCAGCCACCCGGACAGUUGAUGAAACUGUGGGUUUACUGUGAAUUUCUGCACAAACUGUCAGAAACCGUCUCAGGAAAGCUCAUCUUUGUGCUCAUCGUCCUCACCAGUGUCUUGACCUGACAGCAGUUCGGUGCCGCAUCCGACUUCAGUAGGCAAAUGCUCACCUUCAAUGGCCAGUAGCACGCUGGAGAAGUGUGCACUUCACAGAUGAAUCCCGGGUUUCAACUGUACCGGGCAGAUGGCAGAUAGCGUGUAUGGUGUCGUGUGGGUGAGCAGUUUGCUGAUGGCAAUGUGAACAGAGUGCCCCAUGGUAGCAGUGGGGUUAUGGCAGGCAUAAGCUACGGACAAAGAACACAAUUGCAUUUUAUCAUGACGAGAUCCUGAGGCCCAUUGUCGUGCCAUUCAUCCGCCGGUCAUCACCUCAUGUUUCAGCAUGAUAAUACACGGCCCCAUGUCGCAAGGAAAUGUACACAGUUCCUGGGAGAUGAAAAUGUCCCAGUUCUUCCAUGGCCUGCAUACUCACCAGACAUUUCACCCAUUGAGCAUGUUUGGGUGCUCUGGAUUGACGUGUACGACAGCGUGUUCCAGUUCCCACCAAUAUCCAGCAACUUCGCACUGCCAUUGAAGAGUGGGACAACAUUCCACAGACCAUAAUCAACAGCCUGAUCAAGUCUUUGCGAAAGAGAUGAGGCAAAUGGUGGUCACACCAGAUACUGACUGGUUUUCUGAUCCACGCACUACCUUUAUUUUUAAAGAUAUCUGUGACCAACAAUAUGCAUAUCUGUACUGCCAGUCAUGUGAAAUCCAUAGAUUAUGGCUUUUCUGUAAAUUAACUUUACCUUAGUAAAGUAUUUUAAAUUGUUGCACAUUGCGUUUUAUAUUUUUGUUCAGUGUAAUUAAUUCCAGGGGGAAAAACUAGGUUUCUCCCAGCUGUUUGGGAUUUGUUCUGAAUUUAUUUUUGUUUGGAGGCAUGGUUUUCAAACAGUAUGACACACUACAUUAUCAAAACAUUAUACUGUGCUGAAGAAAUACUGACAUGAUAAACUGUUGCUUUAUCUUGUUAUGGAUGUUUACAAUGACUGUUGUUAUUUGUACUUUUUAAAUUUUUAUACUAUAUUAUUAGAGUUCAUACAUUGAGAGCUUUAUCAUACUCAUUAAUGUUCAAUAAUUAUAAAAUAACUGUUUAUCUGUCA